CUUGCUCAAGCAUCGCUAGAAUGGUGGUGAGCUACAGUACAUCGCCAGGACAAGCGAGGUACUAUUCAUGGGCCUUUCAAUUUUUUAUUUGUUUUUGCCUCCUGAAUUCUAUUUUUGGCAGUAAAAUUUUUUCCUCAUUUUGGUGCUAAAAGUUCUGUCAGUACCUCCCCAAACAAAUCUAUAGAGAAGGCAUUCCAAAACUCUCAAACCCUCUCAUCCUCUCUAUCUUUUUCUCAACCUUUUUGCUCAAGGGAGGUAAAGUUUUGUCAUUUACGUUUGUUUAUGCCAUGAGUAGUGGAUAAUAAAUUGGAGAAUAUGAAAGCAAAUGUUCAGAUUAUUGCAUUCUUAUCUCAUUAUUUGUUGAUUUUGGCAAAAAUAUUACACAUUGCUUUGUCAUUUGUUCAGAUUAUGUGAAUAUAUAUUUUCUCCUUCGCUUUGUGGCUUCCAUGGUUUUUAAUCUCAUCUCACAAAUUGUUGUAGCAAGUUAUGGCUCCAUGUUCUUAAUCAAUAGGUUACUACCUGUAAAAGAGAAACUACUAUGUAUUUAUAUUGCACACCAUAUGUUUGUUGUAAUUUCUGUUAGAAUAAAGAUUGUAAAUUGUACCCAAUUAUUUCUUGUAUUAGUUCUUCUAUCAUAUUUGACAAGAAUAUUCAUUAAUAUCCAAUUUUGAUUGAUUGUUUCAUGAAACAGGGCUUAGGAUAUUUCAAUAUAACAACACUCAAUACCAAUCAUGUGCCAUAUGAAAAUUUCAAUCUAUUUGGUACCAAUUCAAUUAGAGUUUGGCAGAUUGCAUAAGAUUUUUAAGUAAAGUAAUAGACAACUAAUAAGGGGAUUGGAAGUAAGUUAAAUAUGUAUCAGGGCAAGUCAAUGGGCAUUUGAAUUGGCUUUUAUCUUUAUCUUUGCUCCAAGAUAAACCUCACAUGUUUGAAUUAGCUACAUAAAGAAAAAUAACCUUAGAAACUAGCCCCUGGAUUUUUCUAUCCUCCAAAGCCUUCAAAUGUACUGGAUCUCCCUAUCCUCCAAAGCUGUCUAAAACAGAGGAUUCCACACCACUAUCAAAAACUAACAUAUAAUUGUACAUUGAAGCAUUCAUAUUCAAAACCAAAAGAAACAAGUUCAGGAACACCUCCCCUCAACGGUCUAUGACUGCAUAAACACACCACCAGUCAAGCAAAAACCUCACUCCACCUCCAUUACCAGCCUUGAAAAAGAUUAUAGUGUUUUAUAUUAGAUCAAACUUUUAACCAAAUUUAGACUCAAAUUUGAUGAGGAAAACAUGAUUAAGGGUUGGAGAUGAUCUAAAAUGAACUUAAUCAUGUCAAAUAUCCAGCAAUUCUUUGGUUUUAACCAAAACCCAUGAUGAUCUGCUCUAUUUCUCAGAUCAGAUAAGAGCAAAUGAAAAAAUAAAAAAUAAAAAAAAUCAGCUAAUGACACCUUAGAAUUGCAAUCUGUAGUCAAUCUGGAAUAAAAUCCAUGAAUGGCACUAGAUCAUCGUUGGCUUUGUGUGAAUGUGAUUGAGAACAACUUAAACAAAUAAAUCAACAUUGUGGGGGCCCAGAUUUUGAAUUGUAUAACAAUUCAUGGACCAUUAAUUUAACCAUUUACAUACAGUCUGACUAUAUUAAUGCGGUGAUUAAUUAAUAUUGGUCCAUUCUUUCAAAAUUUGAAUACAAUAUUUAAAUAUCAACAUGAGAUAAGCAUAUAUGUAAGAGUACAAGUAAUCUACAUAUAUAUGUCCAGAGAAGCCCUCAUCAAAACAAUCCCAAAAUCAAAUAGCACUUUUAAACAGAACACUAAAAUCCAAUCUUCAGACAAACAAGAUUUUAAAAAAUCCAAAUUUUCAAUUAAAAAAAGAAAAGAAAAGGUAAAGGUACCCAAAAAAGGGUGUUGAUAGUGGGAAUGUCUAAAGAACUUAUAGUGAAAUUAACACAAUGCAUUACAGAGGCAGUCUCAAAGCACCCAAUGGAAAUCUCUUCAUUUUGUAUUUUUUUUUAUGUGUUUGAAAUUAGAUUUUUCUACUGCAAUUUUAUUGUACAAUAACUUGGAUAUUAAAUUUUAUUUCUUAUAUAUUAUUCAAUCAUCGGUAUGGAUUCACAACAAGAUGGUUACUUUACCAAUCUUUUACAAGAAAGACCCAACAUUGAUGAACAUUAUCUAAUGGAAUCUCAAUAUUUGAAUCAAAGCACUCGAGUAUUCGUCCAAGAGUCUCAAUUUACUACUGAAAUUGAAUCUUUGUCGAAGAAACCUCAACAUGGAGGAAACUUCACAAUUGAAGAAGACAAACUCCUUGUAUCGGCUUAGCUUAAUAUUAGUUUAGAUGUGGUACAUAGGAAUAAGCAAAAACGCUCUACCUAUUGGAAAAGAGUGUGGGAUUUUUUCCAUGAGCACAAGAAAUUUGAAUCUAAUCGAAAUGAGAAUUCUCUUAUGAAUCGAUGGUCAACCAUUCAGCUUGCCAUGAAUAAGUUUUGUGGGUGCUACGCCCAAAUUGAAUCAUUGCAUCAAAGUGGCAUAAAUGAGGAUGACAAGAUUUGCAAGGCAAAAAUCAUGUACAAGGAACUCAAGAAAUCUACAUUCCAAUUCGAACAUUGUUGGAUUAUGUUAAGGGAUCAACCAAAAUGGAUGGUAGAGUCUAAGAAGAAAAAGCAACCAAAAAGACCAAGAACAGGGACAACCUCUUCUCUUUGUACUCCAGAUUCGAUAAAUCUAGGGGAAGACGAUGUCUCACCUAAUGCUUUUGUAGACUUGGAGAGACCAACUGGUAGGAAGGCUGAAAAUGAGCAAUUGAAUAAACAAAAGAACAAAGAAAGCGUACAUUUGAGUAUUACAAAGACUUUGGAGGAUAUCAAGGAAGACAAAAAGAAAAUGAUUGACAAGAAAAUUGAAAUGAUUGACAAAGUAUAUAUUCAAAAACAAGUAGAACUUCGUAUCAUGCAAGAAAAGCAUGAGGUGGAACUUGAAAAACAUGAAAUGAAACUUUUCAAAGAGGACAAAAGAGUUAUUUUGAUGGAUCUCAGUGGCUUGCCUGAAAUCCAACAAGAAUUUUAUCGUGCUCGGCAGAUGGAAAUCAUCAAGAAAAGAAGAAUGAAUUAGCAUUCAUUCUCUCUUUGCUCCUUAUGAUAUUUUGGCUUUUGUCUAAUAGGCUAGAAACUUGAUAUAUGGUAUUUUGGUUCUGCUUUUGUCUAGGAUAGAUGUUGAACUCAGCAAUGUUUUUGGUAGAGAAUGUUAGUUGUCUAAUCUGAUGCCGUUUGUGCUGUGUUGUUUUGCUGCUCUUUGUGCUAUGUUGAUGCUAUUUUUGGACUGUUUUUUAAUU